AUGUCGGUUCAAAAAAUAGAAAAAUAUAUAUGUGGAAAUGUGCAAUUUGAUGUUUCUGCGACGGAUGAUAUACAUCAUAAGCUUCAAACCGAUGACCAAUUUGCAUCACAGUAUUUUGAAAAUCUUAUACAACAACACAACACACCAGAAACUGCAGAUGAUGAGACUGAUCAAGUGGCAAAUAAUUUAAUUAGCGGUGCCAACGAGUCUGAAGAAGCUAAAUUUUGGACUCCCACAAAAAUCAAAUUACUUUUAGAUGAGUAUAAAAAAAGGAUUAAACAGUUCCGUGACCCAGGAAUUAAAAAAAAUAGAUUAUACCGGGAAAUAGCAGCUGAAUUUUUAAAACAUAAUAUCAAUAUCCCAUAUUCAGAACUCGAUAAAAAAAUAAGAAACAUGAAAAGCCAAUACAAAAAAAAAUUAAAAAGUAAGAGAUCAACAGGCCAAGGAAGAGCUGAAAGGCCAUGGUUACAAAUGAUGACUGAAAUUUUUCAUAAUGAUGAAUCAGUGAUAUUAACAGAUAAUGUUAUAGAAAGUUCAACAUCUCAAAUUAAUCCUUUGCCAUUGAAUUUGUCGAAAUCAAAUAAAAGGUUUGAAAAUAUUUUUUCUGAUGCAGACACAAUUGAUAGUACAUCUUCCCAUUCCUUAGCAGCAGAUGAAAAUAUUGAAAAACAAGUAAAGAAAGAUGCUGGAAAAAAUAUUCACGCGCGACAGUUGUAUGGGCAACGCAAUAAACAACUGCAAUUGGAUAUAGAAAAGAAAGAAAUCUUUAAACAAAUGGCUAAAAAUUCAGAGGAUAACAAUAACAUUUUAUCAAACAACGCUUAUAUUUGGAAAAAUACCAUGGAUAAUUUAAUUACAGUAUUAAAAGAGAAAAACGAAAUAAUGAAAGAAAGAAAUGAUAUAUUUAGUGAUAUCUCCAACAAGCUAGAUGGUCCAGGUUGUUCAUAA